CGGGCGGACAUUUCGUGGCGGCUCCGCCCGGCGGGGCGGGACGGGCCGGGGCAGCCAUGGCGGAGCGGGGCCGAGGGCAGAGUCCGAGCGCCAUGGAGGACCUGCUGGAUGUGGAGAACAAACGGAUGGCCGACAGCCUGGCCAGCAAGGUCACCAGGCUGAAGUCGCUGGCUCUGGAUAUUGACAAGGAUGCUGAGGAGCAGAACCGCUACCUGGAUGGCAUGGACUCUGAUUUCCUGAGUGUGACGGGGCUGCUGACGGGCAGCGUGAAGCGCUUCUCCGGCAUGGCGCGCUCCGGCCGGGACAACCGCCGGCUGCUCCUCGCCGUGUCCGUGGCGCUCAUCCUCAUCUUCUUCAUCCUCUACUACCUGGUGUCCCGGGCGGGGAGCUGAGCCUGGGCUGGGAGGUGUCACAGGGCCCCGAGCAGGGCAGGUGUCCCAGGCCAGCCCCACCAUCCACAGACCUGUCCACACGUUUUCCAGAGGAGCCUCCAGACACACCUCCACCUUCCCAGUGACCUCUCCUCCCUCCAGCU